AUACAGUAGGAGGACAUUUUUCUGUCAGCACAAAGGGCAAAAAACAAAUGUCUCUGCUAUUUCAGCAGAGGAACUUGCAUUCAUCAAAGCAAUGAGAAGAGCAAAGCAUGUUACAGAAGCUGUGCUGUGUGAUUCUACUCAUCAUCCAGAGGGAUACAGAAAAAAACCUUGGAUCUAUUCGAAUAACAGCUGCUAGACUGUUGGAUGAAGGCACCUUCACAUGUAUCUUCAGUGUUUUCCCCAGUGGAGCAUACAGUACAGAGAUAUCUCUAACUGUGCUUGUUCCUCCAGUAGUGAGUGUGACAGUUGAUGUUCCUCCUGUCAUUGGGGAGAAUGAGGUAGUCUUGGCAACCUGCAUGGCUGCUGGUGCCAAGCCACAGGCAGAAGUGAAGUGGAUUUCAGGUACAUUCGGUAGUUUGUUGAGGACGGUGACCAACUCCACCAAGCAGCAGCAGGUCCAGUGUGUCGUCAACCAGUCUUCCCUGGCAACAGAAAGUAGCUACAACUACACCAUAAACAUCCACUAUCCACCUCAGUCAGUGAACAUCACCCUUAGUGAGGCCUCUAAAGCCACAGUCUUCCUAUGUGUAGCAGACAGCAACCCACAACCCAACUACACAUGGAGCAGAGUGGGCCAGCCAUGGCCUGGGUCUUCAGUGAGAGCAGAGGGAGACAUACUGCACCUCCUCAGUCUCAGCUCUGAGCUGAAUGGUCUCUAUGUCUGUGAGGCCUCCAACCCCUACGGACGAGCAACUGGCUCCCUCUAUGUACACACAUCCUCUGAGACCUCUGCUGCCUGUUGGGUUCUACUCGUUGUCAUUCUAUGUCUGAUUGUUGUUGCUGCUGCACUCAUAUGGUACCGGUGGAAAUACGGACAGUUUCCUUGGAAUUCAAUCAUGGCCAAUCACCAGUUCCAGGCACCGCCACAGGUUGAGGAAGAUGAACCUGGGACGUCUGGGUUCUAA